GGUGGCGCUAUUCACCUCUACGUUGGUUUGGAUACCCUAUUAAACAAAACUUUAUUGGCAACCGCUAAGGACUCGGUCCUCUACCCCAAAUGUAGAUACAGCGCCGUGCAAGACAAAAUUCCCUUUAGCAUUUCCUUUUGCACCUACUCGGCGCGGUACGGCUCGCCACUACUGUACUGGUCUCGGUUUAGUUGUUUUUCCAUUACACUGUACCACCUCAUCGUGGGUGGAGUCGUCAUAGCACGGCGGUCCGAAAGUCCCUUACCGUCACUUGUGUGCGACACAAACGCAACACAACAAUGGACAUGGCGGCAAUGAUACACCUGCUGCUCGGUCUGUGGCUUUCUGUCAGAUUCAAAGUAAUAGAAGUUGGAGAAAGCUGAGAGCGGCGAGUCGAAACACUCAGGAGACACACAGAGUUUGGGAGGCGAUGCAGCAGUAUCAAGUCGAAGACGAGGAUAUGAACUAGACGACAUAUGAGGGUAAGCUAAUGCUAGUUUGCUAGCUAUCGUGUAUCAGUCCUGUGAACGACCCUGUAAUGGCUGCAGUUUAAUGCUAUUAGGUAUUAAAAUAUGUAUGCUGUGUAUGUGUUUCAGAUGGCUCUUAUGAGCCUUCAUAGGAUUUACCUGAAGCAGCAGCACAUGAGCCUGCAGUGGCACAAGGUGUAAAGGAGGAGGGCAGAGAUGUACAGGAUGCACUGAUGCAACUCUCUAAGCGAUGCAUUAAAGGCUAUCAGUGUGAGUACAGAGCUGACUGACGAAGAGCUCAAGUCUCAUUUGGAUAUAGUGUUAACUGCGCUGCUAGAAAAGAAGAAAGAUGCUGCUGUUGAGACGGUCAGAAGUGGGAUCCUACCCACACUGGCUCAGACCUUACGGAGUAAAAGCAACCUGAGCUGCCAGGUGGCUCUGGUGGUAGCAGAGAUGGCACGAGAAGCUGCAGUCAGGGAGCCAUGCAUCCAGGCAGGCCUGGUGAAAGUGCUGGUUCCCCAUCUAAAGAGCAAUGACCAGGAAAUGCUGCUGAACACUGGCAGGGCCAUUGGACGCAUUUGCUUUGACAACUCAUACCAGCAGGAGCAGUUAGUCCAGAGUGGUGUCAUCCCUAGACUGGUGUCAAUAAUGAAGGAGUAUCCAGAGAACGACCCGCUGGUCAACGUCUGCCUGCUGGCACUCUGUAACCUGGUGGACUUGGACUCUGCAAGGGAGGCCCUGACAGAGCUGGAUGUGGCAGAUGUACUGAUUACUCAGCUGAAACGUGCUCCUGAUGCUGAGCGCAGACAUGUCAUUUUGGAAAUACUGGGCUCACUGGGCGAGAGUGAUACACUGAAGCUGCAGUUUGCAGAGUCAGGAGUACCAGAGGCUUUAUCAGAGAUGAUUCAGGGUCUGCAAGGAGGUUCUGACCCACAUGACCUCUGCAGCAUCAAGAUUGCUUCCAACCUCAUAGUAUCCCUGCUUUUAGGAGGUGUGUUUCUGUGUGCGUAUUUGUCAGACGAGUCUAUGCAGAAGUGUUUUGGUGACGGAACGGGUCUGGUGUAUCAGGAUGUUCUGUCCUGGCUACAGAGCUCCAACACCCAGCUGCAGCUGUCAGGAGCCCUUGCCAUUGCUAACUUCGCCAGGAACGACAGUAACUGUGUGAAGAUGCUGGAUCUUGGUGUGGUUCCUCACAUCCUGACCUUGUUGGAGCAGCAUGUGGAUGAAGGAGAUGUGUCUGUUCAACAUGCUGGACUGAGCGCGCUCAGAAACCUAGCCAUUCCUGCCACCAACAAAGUGAGGAUGCUGGAAGAUGGGGUGACUGAGAGAAUAAAGUCCUUGCUGCGCUCUGACAUGCCACCAGUUCAGUUCAAACUGCUGGGUACACUGCGCAUGAUGGUGGAUGGACAAGAGGAGGCGGCCUUAGUGCUAGGAAGAGAUGCCGUGCUGCUAGCUCGUAUCAUGGAGUGGUGUGAAGCCAAAGACCAUGCGGGAGUCCGAGGUGAAGCCAGUCGCCUUUUGGCUGCCCUUAUCAGACACAGCCGCAACCCUGAAGUUGUCCGUGCAGUAGCCAGGGCGGAUGGGGUUCGGCACCUUAUAUGUAUGGCAACAAGUGAGCAUGUCAUCAUGCAGAAUGAAGCCCUGGUUGCCCUGGCGAUAGCAUCUGCCAUUGACAUUGAGUCAAUGAAGGAUCCGGUUAGGGAGGCAGAGUUGUUACACAUGCUGAAGAAGAUGCUGGAAGAUCAUACAGGAGCAGUCGAGGUCAAGUUCAGUGCUUUGGGUCUCAUCUGCAGCCUCGCCAACUCCAGUGCGAUGAAGGAUGAGCUGAACACCAUAAAUAUGAGGGAAAGCCUCAUAAAACUGACAGAUCAUAGCAGCGAAAAACUUGCCUCGCAGGCCAGCUCCAUACUGACACUUCUCGGUGAUGCCAGCUAAACCAGCAUCCUGCAGCAACAAAGGAUCUCAUCUGUUCAAUGGAUUUAUCCAGCUUUGUCAAACACAUACUCUGGUUCAAAUGAUCUUACUGCACAGAUAUUGAAAACUGACUUUUAAAAUGUCACCUCUUUUGUGGCAGUGAAAGACUUAAGGACCAAAUUUUAGUGGCAGUGUUAUGUAUGUUGUCUAUGUUGGAGUGAAGGGCUCAUUAGUUUUGUGUCAUUGCCUCUUGACAAAAUUUUCUUUUUGACAAGAAUAAUUUCAUGUUUUAUUUUUUUAGAUGCAUGAUGAUGCACAUGCUGACAUAAUAUGACCAUUUAUGAGGCAAGAUCAACUGAAAUCGCUCGGACUGAUGCAGUCAUUUGCACAAAUUAAAUUAAAACUGACACCAUCUGGCUCUGGCUGUAGGUUUGUGGUGCCGUGUAAUCACACAGUGCUGCUCUUCACAGUCCACACAAGUUCAUCUUUUUAGCUACUAUCAUCAAUGCUUCCCUGUGGUGAGACUACUGAUUUGACUGGCUGAGAGUAUAAUUAUCAAAGACCAAACCCAAUGAUUUAUUUUCCACUUCUUCUUUUAUCUUUUUUAUUGUUUGUUUUGUACUGAACUAAAAUAACAGAUGUGCUUGGAGAUGCCUAAGAUUUGAAACUAUGGGCUCUAAUUCUCCAAGUCCCCAAUAGAAUAAAUAUCUACAGAAAUGCAUUUAAGAUCUAGUGUUAAAAUUAGGACAUGCCAGCUCCCAAAUAUCUUUAAAAUCUUUAGGUAAUUUAGUGAAGGACAUGAAUAGCUGCAUAUUUUUUUUUUUUUUUUUUUUUUUUUUUUAACAGAAACCUACCUAGGUAACAUAACGUUGUUAUGUUACCUUGCCCUGGACCAAAGGGGUAGGUGGAUGUACCAAUGGAUGAAGCUUAUCUUGUUUGUGCUCAACUAGCAGAUGCAAAUGAGUUUUCCUUAUAAGCUAGGUUUGUACUUGUUUAAAAGUUCAAUGUUUAUUUCCUUUAGUAGUAGCAAGUAUUUCAUACAAAGUUCAGAUAUUUACUAGAUGACUAUAAUUUUUAUUUUUUACUGAAUAUGCACCAAAAACACGUUUAAAAACUGGCCUCUCUCUCUAAAUCAGAAAGGUGUGAUAUGUGACAAAAAGUGACAGCCAGUUUGACAGCCCUCCUCAGUGAAGACGGCCUGAUCUGUUGUCAUGGAGAUAGUUCAGCUGUCAUCACAUGUGCUAAGCAUGGAACUAUGGUUAAAAAAAUCUGAAUUAAGUAACAUUUUAAUCAAACAUGUGACAUGUAAUGUGUCAGUAUUGUGUGCAUUUUGAAUUAACUUACAAAUCAAAUCAAUAGAUAAGAUCUUUAAUAUAAAAGUCAAUGUACGGUGUUUUAGGCUUAUGUUCUCUGUAUCUUUGCAAAUUACUGGUGUACAAUGUCCCUAAGAUAUUUUUGGCAGGCUGUAACCUGGUCUCAUUGACUAAAGAUAUUUCCCAUCGUCAGAAUCUUUAUUUUAUAAGAAGCUCAUUGACCACCAUCAAAGCGUUUUAAUGUCUGGUACUGUCAUUCUGUAAAGAAAAGUGAAGUAAAGCUAUCAAAGGAGCCACAUUAACAAGCAGUCAUAGUGCACUGCAUGGCCUCAUCCUGGAAUCUUUUGGUCUACUGGAUUUUGUCCACGAGCUUUUCCGGUAGGAACUGCACUGUACAUAAAGUGAAGAUUGUUAUAUGAUUUAUGCAUAUGUAGAUAGAAUUACAGGUUACGAAAAGAAUAACCAAAUAAUUGCUAACCCUAGUAGAAGCACUAAAUAAAGGUGCCCUUUGCCUCUA